UAUAAAUGUUUGAUUACACAUCGUAGAACACGUGCUUUGUACCUGUAUGGUACACAGAGGAGGAAUCGUUCACAAUAUCGUGAGAUAAUAACUUUUUUAUAAAAGAACUACAGAGUGAAACAAAAUGCAACACGACGACGUUGUGUGGAGUGUUAUUAAUAAAUCAUUUUGUUCCUUUAAAGUAAAUACAAAAACCCAGAGGUUUUGUAGGAAUGAAUACAAUCUUACAGGAUUAUGCAGUAGAGCAGCAUGCCCUCUUGCAAACAGUCAAUAUGCUACAAUUAGAGAGGAGAAUGGUAUCAUUUAUCUGUAUAUGAGAACAGCAGAAAGAAUACAUACACCGAAAAAUAUGUGGGAAAAAGUCAAGCUAUCCAGGAACUUUGAAAAAGCAAUACAACAAAUUAACGAAAAUCUGCUCUAUUGGCCUAGUUUUAUAAAAGCAAAAUGUAAGCAGAGAUUUGUCAAAAUUACACAAUAUCUUAUCCGUAUGAGAAAGCUUAGAUUAAGGCGGCAGAAGAAAAUUGUACCUCUUCAGAGAAAGAUCGAGAGAAGAGAGAGACGUAGGGAAGAAAAGGCUCUAAUUGCUGCUAGACUGGAAACUUCAAUUGAAAAGCGACUCAUGGAAAGAUUAAAGCAAGGAACGUAUAAUGAUAUAUACAACUUCCCACAAAGAGUAUUUGACAAAGCUGUAGAGUCUGUUGAAAUUGAUGGUGAAAGCGAGGCAGAAAGUGAGCAGGAAGAAGAGCGAGAGAAAGAAAUUGAAAAAGAAGUAGAAAUAGAAUUGGAAGCAGAUGAACAGGAAACUGAACAAAAUGCUCCUCGGUAUGUUGAAGCUGAUAGUGAUGAUGAAGAUGACGAUGAUUUUGAUAUUGAAGAGGUCUCUAUGGAUGAAGAUAGCGACUCUGGACGAAAGGAAGAAAUUGAAUUAUCGGAUAGCUUCGAAUCUGAAGCAAGCGAUAUUGAGGACUUGAUACCAUCUACAAGUAAAAACGCAAAAAUGCCGAAAGUCAAGAAAGGAAAAGUACAGAAGAAAAAGCAACCAAAAGUGGAGAUCGAAUAUGAAAUGGAAGAAGAUCGUCAAAAAGAACGUGUAUAUCAAAUUCAUAGUAAAUAAAUAUUGGAAUUAUGUACCAUGCAGAAAUGAUCAAAUUAUAUGUAUUAUACAUAUAUAUUGUAACCCGAUAUUUUCCUUAUACAUCA